GUACUGCAGUUCUAAAACAGCCAUUGGCUGGUCUUUCUCGCCAUCUAAUGGACAGAACACGAUGUCGGACGUGCGCGCUCUGGCGUCAAUGCGUCACAGCUGUCAAGCUGCGAACGCGCACCACUCACAAUGGACUACAACGUCUCUGACUACUCCCUUUGAAUUUAGCAGAAGAAACUCAUCGAGGACGUUUAAAAAGUAACAUGACCGCAAAGUGGUCGCCACAUUGGAUUAAAGCGCCCCGGGAAAACCGGUUUACAUAAAGGGUUUGAAGUGAGAUAUAGCCGUAGCCGUCACUAAUAAGCUAGCCUCGGACUUCUACCGGCUUCGUUCGCCGCGGCUAGCUCGUUAGCUACCUAGCUGGAGUGAUGCUAAGUGGCUCAGAUAGUUAUGAACAAUCGUGUCAUUAGGUCUGUAAAAGACAAACGAUGUCCCCUAGAGGGAUGUACGGCGGCUAAUAACAACAAUAAAAAGUGGCACUCGGUAGGUAGUGAUGGGUGCGAGUGCUGUCAAGACAUGAGCCCCAUGGACGAAGCCGUGCUGCCCGGCAUGUCGUCCGUUCAGCCCGGUCUGGACAACCGGGAUGGACUCCGGCUCCUCGAGGAUCUCGGUUGCCCGCCAGCCGCCUCACCCUACGAGGGUGACGUCAACGGCGAGGGCCCGCUGUUCGAAAGACGGAAGCGGUCGCGUUCCAACAGCUCCAGGCACCACUUCGGCGAAGUGGUGGCCGAGCUGGGUCCCGAGGAGGUGCGAUGGUUCUACAAGGAGGACAAGAAGACGUGGAAGCCCUUCGUGGGACACGACUCGCUGAACAUCGAGCUCAUGUAUCGGAAGUACAACGAGCUCAACCCCGGUGCGGCGAGCCUCCCGGUGGACGUUCAGGGAGCGAAUGGAGAAAUGUCGUUGGAAACCCGGACCAUGGGUGUCCUCGGAGACCACGGGUCUUUGGACACAUCCACACCGUCCAUGAGCACGGAUGAGAGAGACCCCGACAGCAUUGACGUCCAUGUAGAGCCCGUCUGUGUCAGGGGGGGACUCUAUGAAGUGGACGUCAGAGAGAGAGGAUGCUACCCUGUUUACUGGAAGCAGCAAGACCACAUUCCGGUGCUGCGAGGCCAGUGGUUCAUCGACGGCACAUGGCUGCCCCUGGAAGAGGACGAGAGCGACCUUAUUGAAUGCGAGCACCUCAGCCACUUUCGUGGGCAGCAGGCACAGGACACCUUCGACGCCAGCGACAUGGUCGUCAGGACCGUCGACGGGAAAGACGUCCUCUCCCACCUGCCCCCUUUCUACUUCCCCUUUCUGUUCAAAUGGAGCAACUAUCAGACGAGUGCUAGAACAUGCCACAAACGCAAACGCUGCCAAGCCAUCCACAGCUUGAAGCUGAGUCGGACCCACGUGGACUGGCACAGCGUGGACGAGGUCUACCUCUACAGUGAUGCCACCACAUCUAAGAUUGCUCGCACUGUGACACAAAAACUGGGCUUCUCCAAAGCCUCCAGUAGCGGAACCCGGCUACACCGCGGUUACGUGGAGGAGGCCUCCCCAGAGGACAGACCCCCACAGACCACGCACAUUGUCUUUGUGGUUCAUGGGAUCGGGCAGAAGAUGGACCAGGGACGCAUUAUCAAAAACACGGGAAUGUUGAGGGAAGGUGUGAGAAAGAUGGAAGAGAAGCACUUUUCAGAGCACAAUGAUGAGCAUGUGGAAUUCCUUCCAGUGGAGUGGCGCUCUAAACUGGCCCUAGACGGAGAUACAGUGGACUCCAUUACACCAGACAAGUUGAGAGGCCUGAGAGACCUUCUCAACAGCAGUGCCAUGGACAUCAUGUACUACAACAGUCCUCUUUACCGUGAUGAGAUCACGAAGGGACUGACACAGGAGCUGAACAGACUAUACAGCCUGUUUUGCUCGCGCAACCCCGACUUCGAGGAGAGUGGGGGCAAAGUUUCCAUUGUGUCGCACUCGCUGGGCUGCGUCAUCACGUACGACAUCAUGACGGGCUGGGACCCCGUCCGCUUCUGCCUUCAGGAACACCAUGCCGUGGAAGAGGAGCUGCACAAGCACUGGACGUCAUACGAGGAGAGGCAUCUGCUGGAGCAACUGCGCUACACCAGGAACAGAUUACGAGAGCUGGAGAAUCAACUUUUAACACUGGAAGCCUCCAAACCGUCAACACCUCCUGCACUCAAAUUUAAGGUGGAAAACUUUUUCUGCAUGGGCUCUCCUCUGGCGGUCUUCCUGGCAUUAAGGGGUAUUCGGCCUGGCACCAGUUGCCACCAGGACCACAUCCUUCCGACAUCCAUCUGCAGCCGCCUCUUCAAUGUUUUCCACCCGACGGACCCUGUGGCCUACAGAUUGGAGCCCCUCAUCCUCAAACACUACAACAAUGUUGCACCAGUGCAAAUCCACUGGUAUAGUGCCACCAACCCGGCACCUUACGACGAGGUGCGGCCCACUUUCCUCAACUUGACUAAGGAGCCGACUUCCGACACGGAGAGCAUUCCCAGUCCGAGCACUUCUCCCGUCCUCCAGCGCAGACAUUACGGAGAGUCCAUCACCAACUUGGGCAAGGCCAGCAUCCUCGGAGCGGCGAGUAUCGGGAAAGGCAUCGGUGGCAUCCUCUUCUCCCGCUUUUCGCGCUCCAACAGCCAACCCUCGGUCUCUGUGGGUCUGGAGGGUGGAUCCAACCCAGAAGACGACGAGCAGCAGAAGCGCACCGAGAGCCAGUCGGCAUACGGCCUCUCAACCAUGGCUCAGCCCACUUCGCCCCCUGCAGACGUGUCAUUGGAGCUGGAGCGCCGCAUUGACUUUGAGCUGCGCGAGGGCCUGGUGGAAAGUCGUUACUGGUCAGCAGUCACGUCGCACACAGGCUACUGGUGCUCGCAUGACAUCGCCCUCUUCCUCCUCUCUUUCAUAUACCAGCAGAGGAAAACAACCUCUGAUCCCGGAGGAGCCACCCCUGAACCUGACUGAACCCCCCCCACCCCCCCGCUCCUAGCCUAUUUUUGUUGCUGUCUUUUUUUAACGCACACUGAUAUUUUUCUUAUGAUCCAGUUCUGUGAACUACAAUUAAUAAACCGACUUAAGUACUUUCAUUCCAGUACAGUGAAACCUCGAAAGUGGACCAUAGAAAACCAUGCACAAUGCACCUUUAUUACAGGGGGAUACAUCCCAAACGCAGCUGCGAUUGGUGAAAAUGUGGGCUUUCCAGAAGUCAUUUAGAAAAAAAAAAUUAAAUAAUGCCGCUCUCACACUCUGUAAACACAUUUAACUUAUUAAACACCUUUUAAAAUAUUCCUUUGCACCUCACCUCACUUUUCGUUCCAUGUCACUAUCAAAAAGAUUGGAGACUGACAUGUAAAAUAACUUUGAGGAAAUGAAGACUCCCUCCAACUAAGAGACUUGCCAUGCUGGUUUCAUUUGAAGUUUACUGAAAAACUGACACCUACAGCAAUGUUCUACAAUUAAAGACCAAAAUGUUCAACCGAACCAUAAAGUUUAGUCUAAUGAAAGCCUGCAAUCUUAAUGCUAACGUAUAAUAUGAAACGUCAUAGAUGGUCGAAGGGAAAUGGUUCGCUCAAUUGCGAAUUGGGGCCAUUUGCAAUGUUUUGUUCGAUUUUUACAUUUCUCCCCUGGAAAAUGCAACUAAGUAGAACUACAAUCAUGAAAACCUAAUCGCCUUUGAAAAUAGCAUAUUUGUUAGCUUUAGUGCUAAUCCUACCAUACUGGUAUUUUCUGCCUCCUUUAGUAGAUUCUUGAUUAAUUGGAUUGCUGAUACAAAAAUGUUUCAUCUAUUUUAUUUUAUUUUUACUUGAGAAGCAAAACAAAUUAAAUUAUAAUCAGAAUAUGAUCAUCAAUCUUUAAUAUAAAUUUAACCAUAACUUACAUAGGUUUACAGUUUGGCAUGCAUAAAUGAAUACAUUGAGUUUUUCAGUAAAUAAUGGAGGCUAGGGUCCAAUUUAAAAAAAACGAUAACAAUCACCAGCCAGACCUCCAUUUCCCGAUGUUGUUAAUUUUAAUCAUCACAUUCAUGAAACAGUCCACUUUAGAGGUUCCACUGUCAGCGCAUUUUAGUGUAGUUCAAUCAGACCUGAAACAAUAGCCAAGAUGACCGCAGAACGACUGUAGCUAAUUAGCAUAGCUUCAGUAGUAAAUACCGUAACAGUCAAAAGUUUGGAAACACCUUCAAUUUCAAAUGAUCUCAGAGAAAUUACCAAGAUGUACAAAAAUGUUAUCUGGGCAAAAAGGACCUACUUUAAAGUAUCUAAAUCAUAAAACAUUCUGUUUUGAUUCACAUUUUAUUGUUUACCAAAUAAUUGCAUUAAUAUUCCUUAUGUCGUUCAGGAUUUUUUUUAAUAAUGAAAAACACUAAUCAGGAUACAUAUAUUUUUUUAAUAAUGAAAAAAAAAUACGUAAGGGGGUGUUUUCAAACUUUUCACUGGUUCUGUACCGCAUUGCCCUGUACAAGCUGGUCCGAAGCCUUGGUGACUGACACAGCUGCCUGUUGGAUUACAUUGAUUUGCCUUUUGAAACCAGCCAAACGUACUAUGUGUUAUAUUUCAAUAGGAUGGAAUAUAACAUUGGGGCAUUAUGUGAUUUGUUUAUUUAUUUUUAAUCAUCAUUUGCAACUGUCGGUAAUUGCCGACUAUGGGUCAUCAAGGGAUGUUUGAUCAAGAUUUGACCUUGUGGAGUUCUUAGAAUUUUAUGCUUUACGGGGAACCAUCAAACCUAGCCAGCAUUUACUGCCUACACACAAUGACUAAACCCUUACAAUUCAGUGUUACCCGGCUGUCACGUAUACAAGGUUCAAAUUUGGUUACUGUCAGAGUAAGAGACUUUUUUUGUGGGUCUCCUCAUGACAGACAUAUCUGCAAAUAUUUCAAUUUUGAAAAUCUCUCACAGGAAUCUGUGAUAAGACACCUGGAAAAAUCGAACAGAGGAAGGAAGGGAAUUAAGACAAAACUUUUUUUGGUAGUCUAUUCAUGAUACAUAGACGCGACCACCAAAUUUCAUGUCGCAAAACUAAACUUGCUUUGGGGACUGCAUUUUCAUAAUAUCUCGGACUACACAAUGACAGACUAUGCAUCGUAUGCCCCACAUACAAUGCCAUUGUUUUGUCCACUCCAAAGAGACUCUUAAAUGAUUCUCCAGCAAAUAAUGAACCAAAAAAACUGUUGUUUUGGGCUAUUUCGGCGGUUCGACUACCAUGUUACAAGUGAAUGGGAUAUAAGCUACUUGUGAAUCUCAUCUGCGCAUGUGAGAGAAUCAAAUGUUUAAAAAACAAAUUGGCUGCCAAACAAAUGAGGGGGUCAUUGAAAUUUUGUAUGCUCGUUCAAAAGUGUAUGCCUAACUGUACACCUAAAAGCCAGAACUGUUUGCACAUUGUGUUCAAUCUUGUUGUUCCAUGUCAAAUUGGCGAUCGGUUCGCCCGAAUGUUACGCUGCCUUCAGUAGACUUCACUUGUGUUGGUUAUCUGGCCAAAACAACACUUUUAUUCAGGCUAUUUAUUAACUGUAUCCUACCAGCAGAGGGCGGUCAGUUUACAGAGUAUCAAAUGACAGACUAUGCAUGUUUAAAAUAGAGUAAAGGAAAUGUCAUCCCCAUUUUUUUUUUCUUUUACAAUAUGUUCUAUGCGCCUCCACUAGUCUAAAUACGACAUUUUGAUGAAUACUGUGUUGUGGAAUAUGAGUUAAGCGGCAAAAUUUUGCUCUUU